AUGGCACAGCCACAGCCAGCGCCGUCGGUGCCGGAGUAUCCACACCCAAAUGAUGUUGAAGAUGCGAAGAGGGAUGCGCCUACACCCGAACGAGAGGGCUUCGACGCCAUCGUGGUUCAGCCUGGACAAGAUAUCGUUGGCUCGGUUUUGCUCGAUCGGCCGACUCAGCCCGCAUUUGACCCUGGUUACCAGCUGGUCGCGUUGAGGAACAGAGACAAUCUUUGCUACCGUAAUGCGGUGUUACAUUCACUUUUCAGCAUUGACUACUUCCAUAACCUCCUUGACUAUGGAUGUCAAUUGACAGGGAACCUGCUGAUUUAUCGACACCUUCUCGAUGCCGCCCACGCGUUCCGAGCAGGUGUGGGGCAGCGGCAACAGUUGGAACAUGCAACCUAUUCCGCUUGGCUUGUACUCCUUCAUUCACCUCCGAAUAACAUCAAUUCGACUCAAGAAGCUUUCUCAGUACGAGGUGGUGACCAACAGGAUGCUGGGGAUUUCUUCCACUAUCUGAUGGAGCGACUUUGCGAAUCUGAACUAUCAGACAUCCUCAUAGACACAGUCAAUCCUAUACUGAAGCGAAUUUUUACAAACAGAUUAGCCCUGAGGCGGGUUUUCCCGUGUGAUCACAAUAAACAGAAGGCGCGGCUGGACAACCAAGAGCAUGGAGAUAAUUUCAGUUUUGCAGUAAACGUGGAAAGUGGUCGAAACAUCAACACCCUGUCUGAUUGUAUCUCCAACAAAAUGUACAAUCCAUACGCCGCAAACGAAUCACAUGAGUGCUCUCAAUGCGGUGCUGGUACAAGGGCCACUGGCUAUUUCGCCAAAUUCUACAAGCUACCAGAGCUCUUGCCUAUUGAGGUCCACUACACCGACCAGAACGACAGGCCAGACUUCCAAAGCAAGGUCGAUAUUCCUGAGAAGCUCGAUCUAUCAAGGCUGUGUGAUAGCGAUAGCGACAAGGCCUUGUCCAUGUACACCUUGCAGGCAGCCAUUCUUUACAGGGGCAACGCAAACCCAGCCGUCCAGAGAGGCCGUGCGGCGACGACCAGCGGACACUUCGUGAGUUACAUCCGACGUGGCGACGGCAAUGGUUGGAUACUUCUGGAUGACAACAUUGCUCUUUCAAGUUCGACCCGUACAGGGGCACAAGGCGGACAACAAAGAGUCAGGACUUCCAGAUUUGAGGCAAUCAACAACACCGUAAACUUUCAGCCCAGGCUUAUGUUCUACACAAGAGACCGAGACCCACAACCGCGGGCUGAGACCCCGGAACAAACCUCCGCGCGGCUCGCAAGAGAGCAGGCUGCAAGGGACCAAGCCGCGAGGGACCAGGCCAUAAGGGACCAGGCUGCAGCAGCGCGGGCCGAGAGGGCGCGAGCGGCAGCAUCUACAGGUAGCCGAGUCAUAGAUGUCGGCUUCAGGCCAACCCGUUACAGUGGAGCUACGCAGGGCGCUGCUCCGCAGUCGCAAGGACGCUGCAACUGUGGAGGGGCCGGCCGUCAAAGUGGAGGAAGCGGACGUAGUCGAUCAGGGGGAGGCGGAAGCAGCCAAGCUGAAGGAAGUGGAAGUAGUCACGGAUCACCAGAAGACAAUAAUGGGGGGGAACAUGAUGCCGAUGAUGGACAUGAUGACGGCGGUGACGACGACGGUGAUGAUGAUGAUGAUGAUGGUGAUGAUGACGGUUUUGAUGACGAUCUUGGAUUCCCUCCACCACCCGGCGACGAACCCGAUGAUUACGAUCAACGUGAGACAUGGGAUGAGGAUACGUGGAAGGCCAGAUACAGAGACGCAUUCAAGAUCGGCAUACCAACAAAAAUUAGUAAGGAAGACUUAAUCUUCCGGAUACAACAACACUGGCGACCAACUGAGCCGCGGGUUUGGAGUCAUUACGGCGCACACAUUCUGAGAAAUGAAUUGCGCGACCGAGGCUGGCGUGAUGCCAAUAACAGGGUUAUAAAUGCGGACACGCUCGAACGUCAUGAUUGGCGGCAAUGGUUGGAUCGACUGAAGAACGCACGAAUCGAUUUACAAACACGACGACAGCAGCUACAACAGCAGCGACAGAGGCUACGGAAUCAACGGAUUUCACGGAGUCAACAGAGUCAACAGGGUCGACAGAGUCAACAGCGUGCGGCGACUGGUUCAGUGGCUACUAGCCCAGGCGCUGGCCCAGGCACCAGUCAGGACCCUCCCAACGAUGACCCAGACCAAGCUUUGGUUGACGGUAUCGCUCAGCUGGAGCAGCUCAUCAACGACCUCCAGGAAAGAGCCUGCCGGUGUCCUCUCAACGGCCGGUCGUCACUGCCGGUAGACGACAUGCGGAAUGGACUAGGAACCCCCCACCGAGCGCUACAAGUCCGCGCGGCCGCCCAGGGCGCCGCCGCGGACCAGACCACGAGCCCGCCGGAUUACUGGAUCCCGCUUCCGCCAGAGCUCGAUAGGCAGGGCAUGAGGCUCCGGAUCGAGGUGAACGUGGGUCACCCGGCGGCAAACUCAAACAACCGCAUGGUCCGCGUCGACCUGAGCGGCCCGGAGACGGCUGCUGCGGGCCAUAGCCCGGACGAAGACAAUGCGGCGCUCCCGCCAUUCAUGAACUGGUUUGAAUUCGAGGUUCCGUUUGCUGUCACCGCCGAAAACGUCCGGGUCGAGGCGUGGCAGGAUGAUAUGACAAAUGUUCCUCUUAUGGCGAACCGCACGUUCCGGCUGAACCAAGGCCAGGCUGGGCGUCGACGCAUCGGCGGCACUCCCCCAGGUGGCGGCGGCGGUCGUCGUGGUGAUAGUAGUGAUGAUGAUAAUCAUGGUGAUAGUAGUGACAGCGGUAGUGAUAAUAGUGGCAGGACUAACCCGCGAACUCCGCCCGGCAGCCCACCCCCAUCGGACCCUCAAACUCCUGGUGAAAACCCCGCCGGGGACAACCCGUCAGGCGGCGGCGGCGAUGGUGGUGGUGAUGAAAGUCAAAACAUCGAAGGCACCCAGCCAGGUGGCCAAAAUCCGAGGAACAACCCGACCACACCCGCCAAGCAAAGCACAUCCUCCGGGAAUGCCCCAACGUCUGAGCUGUCCGACUUCAGCACCCCUAGCGACUGGCCAACCUACUUGGAACGCCUGCAAGAAGAGGCCGCCCUGGCGAGCGCACGAGACGCGGCCGUCCAAGCCGCGGGACUGGGGAGCCUCCCCUCGAGGCGGUCAGCCGAGGAGGCCGGGCUCGACAGCGACGACCAGACCGACAACACCCCCAAUGGCCGCGCCAGGUCGAGGCCGAGGCUCGAGUACGACCCGGGCGACUGGCCUACUGCCUCGUCCCCCUACCGGUUCGGGACAACUCGGUUAAAUGGCACGGGCAUGGCCGCGGCGCGUAACGUGCUGGGGAAUGAUGGACUCCCGUCGGAUGCCGAGCGGAGUUCAAUCAACAGCCUGAGCGAGCUGUUCGUUACGCCAUGGACUACGCCAGAGGGGCGCCUGGUGAACGGCGCUCUCAGCCGCGUUAGGGGAGUGGUGCCCUAUGUGGCUUCCGCAACCCCUUCCCAAGGCACUUCAUCAUCGCCGGGGAGAUAA